UUUUUCAGCGGUACACCGACAGGUAUAACCAUCUGGACAGCUGUUUAUCAGCUAGCCGUCAAGUAAUGUCAUCAAUUGUCCAUCUGUAAACUGUGGAGCGAGUCAGAAGAAACAUGGCGGUCACUAUACAGUAGUAGAAUACCUCUGAGCCAACAUCAGUUUCCAUCCCAUGUGCUUUCAUUAAGGUACACUGUGACAAGAUGGCUACUGAGGACUCUAACAUGGUGAGGUGCUUCCAGCACUGCGACAGGACUAGGAAUAUCCUGUGUUUCUCCGUCCCCCAGAUCUGUCCCCUUUGUGGGAGAAAUACGAGAGAAAGUGAGAGUCGAAUACCUCCUUAUGUGAUACCGUGCCCGUUUGUUAAGGCACACAACCAGCCAUUUUCCAUCAUCAUAAAACCAACUCUAGGUACAUUUCUACAAAAUUACACAGAUACAUCCAAUCUGCAUAUAGGAUUGACAGAUUCAGAAGGUGUCACAUUUGAUUAUGAUGAGGAUGGUGUCAAUAUCAACGCACCUGGCUGGGACCAAUGUGUUGCCAUAGCAAUGGUACAAAACUCUGGUAAUAGAGAUUUCUCAUUAAGGUGGGACCAAACCUUAAGAAGGGAGAGUAAAGAUGACUGCUGGACUAAAUACAGAUACCAUGAGGACAAGUAUAACUGUUUUGACUUUGUGAUACAGUUUCUAUGGCAAGUUCAACUACACCAUGUCAAUCCUUCGCUGAGAAGUAAGUCGGCGAUGUGCCAGGAACUUGUCAUUCAGCAUACUAGACGUGCGGGACAGUAUAUCAACAUCUACAGACACAUCAACACACAUGGAUAUCUCUGUCAGAUGGUGAAAUGAGCUCGUAAACCUAACUAGUUACAUCAGGGAGUGUCCUCUUCCAUGUCUUGCGGCGCACCAGGAAGCAACACAAGUUUUCCGGUCCUUGGCCUUUCUCACAUUCUCAGCCAAAGUCAACAGUGUUCCCUGUCAUUGGCCACUCUGUCCAACAACUACCCGAUCCAUUUGUAUGACCUCCAUCCAAGCCUAGGAGAGAAUUCAUUGUAGUUUCUAAACUGUUAUAUCAAGACUCUUGUGGCAUGAUUUUUCUUCCUUCUAGCAAAUAUAUAUUAAUAAAUGUCUGCUUUAACUUGUUGGUAGUAAUACAAACCAAAACUUAAAAACAGUAGGAACAGGUCCAGUCUCAACUCCAAAGAGUUAUCUCCCUUUAAAAAAAUAGAUGCUAUCAUAAAUCUUCAUAUUUUUUUUAUUAUAAGGCGCAUGGGACGACCAGUUCACCCAGGUGAGGGGGUGUGUUGUGUAUCAAAAGAAGGUCACUCUGACCUACAUUUUGACCAUUGAACUUCAAACAAACCAUUUCAUCAUAUUUAAUUGUGACAUUUCAGGCAUACAUCUUGAUGGACCUGCAGAUUUUAAUACA